AUGUCUGCGGCAGCAGGCGUCGCAUCAAGCCACACUGCUACCGCAGACAUCACCACUUUUCAGAGCACCGUGCACACCACGUCAAGACUUCCGGUGCACCCGCACGUCCCCCCCGUGCGGUACAUUUCUGCCUCACAGGCUCAUAUCCGGGUCGCUGGCAAACGUCGAAGGCUUAACGACGAUGAUCCCAUACCUGGCGACCCGGAUUGGGACAUGGAGACACACGACCAACAGGUGGAGAGGACGGUUCAAGCUAAUUUGAUGACGCUGGACACUGGGAUUACUUCUCGUUUGGAUUCUUUUCGCUCGUCUUUGGAUACGGAUGUUGCUUCACCCACCGUGGAUGUUGCCGUUUCUGGUUGCCCGGUGACAGAUGAUGCGCCGACCUCGACCCCGGCAGUGCAACGACCUCUGGCAUCAGCCGCUGUGCGCACUCGUGCCACGCGCUUGUCCUGCUCCUACCACCCGGGCCACUCCAACGGCAGCGCCUCGACGAACCAUGACUCGUUGGGGCCCUCGGGUGGUAGUGACGCUUCCCACUACUGGGCGAAGGACUCGAAACAGACGGCCAUCCUCAAGUCCUGA